GUAAAAUUCAAGAUGGCGGACAACGAAGAGAAAUACUCUAUUUUGCUACCCACAUAUAACGAGCGAGAAAACCUACCCUUGAUCGUGUGGUUGAUCGUGAAGGCUUUUUCAGAGUGGUAAGAGUAAAUCCUGGUUUUUUUUUUUAAACAAUUUUGGUUACUGUCGUUCAUGAACAUCUUCAUCCACGUUGGAUUUCAAAAAUUCUUUUAUUGUUUUUUAAGUGGGUAUGAUUAUGAAAUAAUCAUUAUCGACGAUGGAAGUCCAGACGGUACCCAAGAGGCAGCCAAACAACUGGAAAAUAUUUAUGGAACUGAUAUAAUUGUAAGUCUUGCUAGAAAGCUCGCGUGCUUUUCAUUUUUGGUCGAAAAUGUUCAAACACUUGUUGUGCGAGGUUUUGGAAGAAAUAAUAUAAGCUUUGAUCUAUGUUUCUAAUUAUUGUAGCGAUUAAAACCAAGACCGAGCAAGCUUGGCCUGGGUAAGUAACUUACAACUAAAAGUUCUUGUUAUUAUCAUUAUUAUUAUAAUUAUUAUGAUUACUAUUAUUUUUCUAAUGCAUGUGAUCCUUGUGACCAAUGCAAUAUUAAUUCUGAUACUGUACCCUUGUAGCUACAAUUAAUAUUGUUAUAUACCUAGACUUUAACUUGUGAGUUUGAUUCUUAGUCAUGUACCCCUGAUCAAAUUCAAAUGGGAUACAAUUGUGCAGUUGGUGCCUGUGCCAAAUACUGACAACAGCAGGUUUUUGCCAUUUAAUUGUUGAAGGGAAAGUCUAAAUAUAGAACAUAGCACCUAAUGUAUGGUCCCUCAGGAACCUAGUUAGUUUGUUUUCCCUCAAGUUCUGAUGUUUCCCUCAACUUCGUCUUGGGAGACAUAAGAACUCUUGGGAAAACAAAACUAACUGUUUCCUUGUGGACUAUACAUUAAGUGCAUAAUAUACCGAUGUGCAUCUUGGAGGUACAACAUCCAAUUGUAUUGUUAUCUGCCUACUUCCCCUCUGAAGGUUUCCAUGGAUUCAGAAACCUAACUGUAAAUCCAAAUUUUCUUUUUUUCUUGAAGUGAUUUCUGAUCUUUCAGGUACUGCAUACAUUCAUGGAAUGAAACAUGCAACCGGGAACUUUGUAAUUAUUAUGGAUGCCGAUUUAUCUCAUCAUGUGAGAAAUAUUGUGUUUUUUCUUUAUACCACAUUUACUUAUAUUUGUUUGCAAAAUAUCACAUUGUUUGUAUGAGAAGUACCAUGAUAGGCAUUACACUUUUAAGUUGCAUAACUCAAGACAAGUUGAAGUGAUACUAUAGUUUGAGGAUCUUUUCGUACUGGUUUUUCAACAAGAGUUGUAUUACUGUGAGGAAAUUACUUAGAGCUAAAUAUGUGAUUUUACCACAUGACUUGUAUGGCCCUAAACAGGCUCUUACUUGAAAACAUUUAAAAAAAAUUAUUAGAAGGGGCAUACAGUAGGCGCAAGUGGGUCGAGAAUACAUUGUCUGGCUUUACAAGAUGAGAGCUGGAAGGAGAAAGGAAGAAAGAGAAAGAUGAGUGGUCAUUGAUACAAUGCUUUUUGCCUGAGUUUGGUUGAAGCAGAUGCUGUUGGGGAAUUUCUUUGUUUUGGUUUCUGCCAAGUUGAUCCUGAAAAUGGUUUUAGUUGGGAAAGGAACAAGAAUCCAUAUCUGUAUCUGUGAUGAACCACCAUCAUAUUUAGAAGUCCUGUUUUCAAUUAUCAAUUUUAUCAAUUUCUUAUGUCAACAGCCAAAAUUUAUUCCAGAAUUCAUCAGGUAUGUCAAUAACUAACUGUAUCCCUAGAUCAAAGUUUUUUGUUUCAAAGCUCAUAUCUACGGUUUUUUUUUAAGUCACUGAAUACAAUGCAAAUAACCAUCUGUAACUAUAUUUUUAUGUCUGUUUUUUUCUCAAUAAUUUUUUAUACAGAAAGCAGAAGGAAGGAGACUAUGACAUUGUAUCUGGAACAAGGUAUAUUGGAGAUGGAGGAGUGUUUGGCUGGGAUUUAAGAAGAAAACUGAUCAGGUGAAUUGAAUUUUUUCUUAAUACUUUCAACAACUACCUAUGGAUAUCUGGUUUACUAUAGCUUAGAACAGAAGUCUUUGAUACAAAAGUGUAAUGAGUCAAGUUCAACAGUACCUCAUAUUGUCUAGUUCUAAUUCUGUGUUGAGAAAAAAAAAAGAGAGAGGAAUGUUGCAUAAACAAGUCUGUUGACUUUGAAUGCCUCCACAUUUUGACACAUAUUCUGCAUGUGAUCACUGUUCCUCCUUUCUAAAGUGGGUGCAGAAUGUUGAGUAGUUACUUCAUACAUCAUACAUAGUAGCAAAGCCAAAUUUGUUGUACUUGAAGGUGCAUACAGUUGCAACUUAUUGGUGACUAAAAAAUUUGCUACUGGGAACCUCUUUUUUUGCCACUCAGGUACUAUCAAAGGCAUUUUUUUUCUAAUUUUGGGUCCUAAGUCAUAACUAAGAAUGCUGACCCUAUAACUCAACAUGUUUUGUUUAUCUGUAUGUGCAUUUGUUCUUUUACAGCCGUGGGGCAAAUUAUCUGACACAGGUGCUUCUCAGGCCUGGUGCAUCUGAUCUGACAGGAAGUUUUAGGUAAAAAAUAUUUCACCUCGCAUCAACAAUUUUUGAACUUGUCUUCCUUUGCCAUCUGAGACUCCUUAAAAGUCUAGUGAGAGGCUCUGUUCCCUCCCUCCCCUCCCCCAUCCCCCUUCUUCUUAGAUGAGAACUGAACCUUUGCAGCUCUUUGUUAGAUGACUGAGUCUUUGUCUGGAUUGUCUUACAAUUGGAUUGGAGAUGGGUUUGGCUAAAAUUGUUUUAUUAGGGUCAUCAAAUUGAUCAGUGACAGUUUUUCUACCUCACAAUCAUUCUGAUUCUUUUAUAAUCAGGACAAAAACAUAGAGUGUUAUCUUUUGAAAGAAUGCUAUUUCUUCCCUUCUCUGACAGAUUAUACAAAAAGAAAGUGCUUGAGAACUUGGUGGAUGCCUGUGUUUCCAAAGGAUUUAUCUUUCAGAUGGAAAUGAUUGUGCGUGCAAGGCAGUUUGGUUACACCAUAGGAGAGGUUAGUUACAGCAUCAGUACAUUUUCUAAUUAAUGUCAAAGAGGAGCAAAGCUCUUGAAUUGCCAACUUUUCAUCUGGUCUGUCUAUGAUGAGGCUUUGUUUGAAAUAGGGGAACUCAGUGAAUGGGAGAAAUGCUUUCAUCUUUUUUUCUAUUUUUUUCUUUUUGGCAAGCUUUAAAUUGUUAUGGCAUGGUCAUUUCCUGUAUCUGCUGGGUUACUGUGUCUUUGAUUACUGUGUAGCCAUGUUACAAUGACCUUGGUGCGAGACUCACCAUCCCCUUUCUUUUAAGAAUAUUUAUACAAUUGACAGGAAUAGGUUCAGCUGUUGCUGCAUGUGAGACAAAUAGCACCCAUUUAAAGUUUAGUUUGUGAGAAGGCUGUCAGUGUAUUUCUCAGAAAUUUAACAAAAAUUUAAACUGAGUUGAUAAUAUGGUAUAAACUGAGUCGAUGGAAGUAUAAACUGAGUUAAUAAUGUCAAUUGGUCACUGUAAAGAGUUUCAAAGCUGACAUUUUGAGUGUUAGCCCUUCUCAGAAAUGUUGUCAUACACUGCGAGAAAUGAGAGCCAUGAGAAAUUUUGUGCCAGACUCCUUGAUUGCUCUCAUUGCCAGUUGGCACAGCAAAGCAAACAGCGCCUCAGUGCUCUCUGAUUAGGAAAAUUGGUUACAUGUUCAUACAUGUAUUUCUAGAUGCAAACUUUAUCAUCAUACAAAGGCAAUUCUUUCUUAGUUGCAGUUUGUCUUCCUGUUUCUUUUAGGUCCCUAUCACAUUUGUGGAUCGUGUUUAUGGUGAAUCUAAACUUGGUGGUAGUGAAGUGGUCUCUUUUGCCAAGGGACUCCUUUAUCUGUUUGCUACUACAUAA